AUGCAAGAAAAUCGAGUUCCAAAAUUGGUUCAUUUUCCGGUACCUGACGAAUACACAAGUAUUCUACGACACAUAGCAAAAUGCACCACCUCCCCAAGUGAUGACAUAGUGCAACACCAACAUCCACUAACCUUGCACCACGACUAUCCCGUCUACAACGAUGACGAGGAGAUCAACAACGACGGCGACGUUCACCGGCUCCCUAAGUGCAAUGGGUGCAUUCAAUUCAUCUCACCUCCAUUCUACACCUGCUCCCGAUGCCCGAAACUCCUUCUCAAUGAUUGUUGCGUGCGUCUCCCGCGCAAGAGAGCGCUCCGCCCGCUCAAGGGUUCCCUGGAAAUAGGGUGGCUCAGCCGUUCCACAGGUAAGCUCAUCGGCCUAAAUAGCCGAGACGAGUCUUCCCAUGGCAUCUCAAAAACCCUGUGCUGCAAUCGCCUUACCAACGGAUUCACCUACUCCCACCGCGAAAUGAACAGGGACAUCAUCUGCAGCUUCAUGCCUGACGCGAUCACGCACACUUCCCACGCCAAGACGCACGUGCUCCGCUCGUACGUACACCCAUUAGAAUAUGAGGUAGCGACGUGCCGCUGCUGCAACGGAUUUCUAAGGGACAUAUCCUACAACUGCACCACAUGCCGCAAUUUCAGCAUACACGCCACGUGUGCAUGCCUUCCCGCCACCGUCCACCACGUGUCCGACCUGCACCCCCUGGAGCUCGUCACGGCCCCACCUCCUCACAUGCAGUCGCAGACGGAGACCUUCUGCGAUGCAUGUGAGCAGGGCCUUGACUGCACGCAGUGGUACUAUGGCUGCGCGGAUUGCGAGCAGGCGUUCCACGUGGACUGCUUAGAUCAACUAUCUUUCAUCAAGUACGAGAUUGCAGAGGUGCAUGAGGCGUAUCAUAAAUGCCCACUCACCCUCGGUCCGCGGCCGUAG